ACUCAAGUUAGUCAAGUACCCAACCCGUCCAAUAACCAAGUCUACCUUGUUGUAGUUUGUAGUGGCGGAUCAAUGUCACGCUGGUUCGAAAACACGGGAAUUACCCCUCUCUCUCUCAAUUCUCAAACGCACGACUGACGACACUUCGUCGCCGACCACCGACGAGCAGACCUGCAUUCCGGCGGUGAGGAGGCGCCCCCCCAAUUCACUUCAGUCGAGUUGUCGACUCACACUCUCAAAAGCCACAAUACACACUUCUUUUCAGCUAUUAUUGCGAAACAUAGCCAAUAUAUGGAAGUAUAUAUAUCCAGCCGAUGGAGAAAUAACAAAAAGAGAUGCAUUUGCCUCAACACAUUGCAGCUUGUGCUUCACUUUUGGAACUCUGUUGCACAACUAAGAAUCUCCAGCAACUCCAGCAAAUCCACUGUCAAACCAUAAAAAUUGGCACUUCUUACAAUGACUUUAUUAGAGCAAAGCUCAUCUCUUCUUACACCUCAUGUGCUCAAUUGUCCGAUGCUCAUUAUAUCUUCUCUGUUACAAACCGUAAAUCUACCUUUCUCUAUAACACCCUGAUCAGAGGCUACGCUUCCAGUAAACAAUUCCAUCUUUCUCUUUCUUGUUUCCAUCAAAUGAUCCUCGCCCGCAAAUCCAUUAAUGUCAACACCCUCCCCGCCGUCCUCAAAUCUGUCUCUGCACUUUCGCUCUUUACACUUGGCCGACGUAUCCACACUGUCAUUUUGGUUCAUGGCUUAAGCUCCGACCUUGCCCACUGCAACGCCUUGAUUACCAUGUAUGGUAAAUGUGGUGACUUGCAUUCCGCACGCACACUGUUUGAUAGAAGGCUUGAGAGGAACUUGAUUACUUGGUGUGCCAUCAUGGGUGGGUAUGCAAUGCAUGGGAAUUUUGAUGAGGUUUUCUUCUUGUUUGAUAGGAUGUUAGAAUCAGGUGUUUCACCUGACGGGGCCAUAUUCACUACGCUUCUUACGGCUUGUAGUCAUGGAGGGAGAAUUCAGAAAGGGAGGGAAUGCUUUCAAAUCAUGGUUGAGAGGUUUUGUUUGAGGCCGAGCAUGGAGCAUUAUACUUGUAUGGUUGAUAUGUUGGGUAGAGCUGGCAAAAUACAAGAAGCUGUAGAAGUGGUUGAGAAGAUGGAGAUGGAGCCUGACGAGGCUUUGUGGAGAGCAUUGCUUGGGGCAUGCAGAUUUCAUGGGAUUUUUCAGAUUACAGUUAGAAAAAGGAUGUUUAUAUUAGCAGAUCAGUGAAUCAAUGGGAAGUUCAAUGGGAGUGCUUCAAAACUCACAAGAUAGAGAAGCAAUUUGAUGUACAGUGACUCAUGCUUAUUUCCAUUGAUUUAUAACUUUUUUAUGUUUUUACAUACAAUUCAAAAAUACGUGCACUUCAAAAUGGUUAUGUCCUGAAUGCCUGGUGCCUGUUGGCCAUCAAAAAAAAAAAAACAAUAACACAAUUUUUUUUGGUGCAAGCACACAUAAUUAUUACUCACGGUCAAAGUGAUUCAAGUUACUAAGGUCCUCUUCUUUUGGAUUUAUUUUUAGUUUAGUUAAUAUCAGUUUAAUUUAGUUACUUUCAGUUUAGUUUGGUCCAAUUUCUUUCAGCAAUUCAGUUUUUAAUAGUUUAUUUCAUUUCAGUUAAGUUCAA